CAAUGUUAAACACGUAGCAUCUUUACCAUCAAAACAAGAACUACUAAAAGGAGCCCAUCUAAUUCAUUUUAUACUCUCUCAGUCACUCGCUCGCUCUUAUCUCAAAACAUGGAAAUAUCAUUGCUUAGAACUGCAGUUUCCAUAGUUUCAAUUGUGGUAGUAAUAACAUGGGCAUGGAGAGUGGUGAAUUGGGUGUGGCUAAGGCCAAAAAAGCUAGAGAGGUGCUUAAGGGAGCAAGGUCUUAAAGGCAACUCCUACAGGCUUUUGUUUGGAGACUUGAAGGAGAGCUCUAAGAUGAUAAGUCAAGCCAAGUCUAAACCCAUCAACUUCACCCUUGACAUUGCACCGCGUGUCUUCCCUUUCGUCCAUCAAGUUGUCUCAAAUUAUGGUAAGAAUUCUUUUAUAUGGAUGGGCCCCACACCCAGGGUGAACAUUUUGAAUCCUGAACAAUUAAAAGAAAUCUUCUCCAAGAUACAUGACUUUCAAAAGCCAAAUGCAAAUCCACUUGCCAAGUUGCUAGCAACCGGACUUCCAAAUUAUGAGGGUGAGAAAUGGGCAACACACAGAAAGAUUAUUAAUCCAGCAUUCCAUCUUGAGAAGUUGAAGAAUAUGUCAGCAGCAUUUUAUCAGUGUUGCAAUGACAUGAUGUGCAAAUGGGAAAGUUUGGUGUCUGAAGAGGGAUCAAUUGAGUUAGAUGUAUGGCCUUAUCUCCAAACUUUAACAAGGGAUGUGAUUUCUCGAACAGCCUUUGGGAGUAGCUAUGAUGAAGGAAGAAGGAUUUUUGAACUCCAAAAAGAACAAGCUGAGCUUGUAAUGACAACUGUACGGUCUGUUUACAUUCCAGGUUGGAGGUUUCUGCCAACAAAAAUAAACAAGAGGAUGAAAGAAAUUGACAAAGAAAUACAAGAUUCACUUAAAGGCAUCAUCAACAAAAGAGAGAAGGCAAUAAAAGCAGGUGGAGCUAGAACUGAUGACUUACUAGGCAUACUUCUAGAGUCCAACUUUAAAGAAAUUGAAGAACAUGGGAACGACAAGAACGUUGGAAUGAAUCUCCAAGAUGUAAUUGAGGAAUGUAAGAUAUUUUAUUUUGCGGGGCAAGAGACAACCUCAGUUCUGCUUGUUUGGACAAUGGUAAUUCUGAGUAGAUAUCCAAGUUGGCAAGCGCGAGCAAGAGAAGAAGUCCUACAUGUCUUUGGUAAAAACAAACCAGAAUUUGAUGGGCUAAAUCACCUCAAAGUUGUGACCAUGAUUUUGUAUGAGGUUUUAAGACUAUAUCCACCAGUAAUUCUCCUAACUCGAAUUGUUCACAAGGAAACGAAACUCGGAAAUUUGAUUUUACCAGCUGGAGUUCAAGUCUCCUUACCGGCAAUCCUUGUUCAUCAGGACCGUGAACUUUGGGGUGAUGAUGCAAAGGACUUCAAUCCAGAUAGGUUUGCUGAAGGAGUUUCAAAAGCUACAAGGGGUCAAGUUUCAUUUUUCCCAUUCGGCUGGGGUCCUCGAAUAUGCAUUGGACAACAUUUUUCUAUGAUAGAAGCAAAAAUGGUUCUGUCAAUGAUUCUACAACGCUUCUCCUUUGAGCUGUCCUCAUCCUAUGCUCAUGCUCCGCUCCCAGUUAUAACCCUUCAACCACAAUAUGGUGCUCACAUUAUUCUACAUAAACUCUAGAAUAGAAAAUAUCAGUUGUCAAAAGAAGAUUUGAAUUCAUAACAAAUGUAACAUUUCAUAUGUAUAUUGAUGCUUUUGUUGAAGUGUUGAUCUUCCUUCCAAGGCCACUAAUUUCAUUUAGUAAUUGGCUUUUGAAUGAUGGUACUGAAGUUGUACAAGAUAAAGUUAUUCUUGUUAAGCUUAUAUUGCACAUUUAAUCCUUAACCUC